AUGGACGUGGACAUGGACGUGGACGUGGACAUGGACGUGGAACGUGGACGUGGACGUGGACGUAAACGUGGACGUAAAAAAUGGGACGUGGACGUGGACGUGGACGUGGACGUGGACCUGGACGUUGACGUGGACGUGGACGUGGACGUGGACGUGGACGUGGAGGACAUGGACGUGGACAUGGACGUGGACGUGGACGACGUGGACGUGGACGUGGACGUGGACGUGGACGUGGACGUGGACGUGGACGUGGACGUGGACCUGGACGUUAACGUGGACAUUGGACGUGGAGGACAUGGACGUGGACGUGGACGUGGGACGUUGACGUGGACGGUGGACGUGGACGUGGACGUGGACGUGGACGUGGAGGACAUGGACGUGGACGUGGACGUGGACGUGGACGUGGACAUGGACGUAUACGUGGACGUGGACGAGGACGUGGACGUGGACGUGGACGUGGACGUGGACGUAGAAAUGGACGUGGACGUGGACGUGUAG